CAACAAAGAAAAGCGGCAGCGCCAGCCAGUGAGAAGAAAAGCUCCAGCUCCAGCUCCCCCCCUCGGCCCUCCCCCCAAUGCCUCACCCGUAAGCCGCGUCGCAGCUCCACCGCGCGUCGCAAUGGCCGGCCCCGGCGCAUCCGUAGCGGCGCUGGCGGUCCUGCUCGCUGCUGCCGCGGCCUUCACACGCUGCGCCGUCGCGGAGCCGCCGCCGAGGGAGCGGUCGGCGCUGCUGGCGUUCCUGACCGCGACCCCGCACGAGCGCCGCCUCGGGUGGAACGCCUCCACCCCGGCGUGCGGCUGGGUCGGGGUCACGUGCGACAACGCCAACGCCACCGUCGUCGAGGUGCGGCUCCCGGGCGUCGGCCUCGUCGGCGCCAUCCCGCCGGGCACGCUCGGCCGGCUCACCAACCUCCGCGCGCUCUCGCUCCGCUCCAACCGCGUCCUCGGGACCAUCCCCGACGACGUGCUCCAGCUGCCGGUCCUCAAGGCGCUGUUCCUGCAGCACAACCUGCUGUCAGGCCCCAUCCCGCCGGGAAUCCAGAGGCUCGGCGGCCUCGAGCGCCUGGUCCUCUCCCGCAACAACCUGUCGGGCCCCAUCCCCUUCGCGCUCAACAGCCUCACCGCGCUGCGCGUGCUCAGGCUCGACGGCAACCGCCUCUCCGGGAGCAUUCCCAGCAUCAGCAUCGCGGGCCUCGGCUCCUUCGACGUCUCCGACAACAACCUCAACGGCUCCAUUCCCAAAUCGCUCUCGCGCUUCCCGCGGGAAUCCUUCGCCGGGAACCUCCAGCUCUGCGGGGACCCGCUGCCGCCCUGCAGCAGCCCGUUCUUUCCCCCAGCGCCGUCGCCCGGCGGGCCCAGCCCGCCCUCCGGCGGCGGCGGCGGCGGCGGCCCCGCGCCGGGCUCAUCCAAGAAGCGAAAGCUCUCCGGGGCCGCAAUCGCGGGCAUCGUCGUGGGCGCCGUGGUGGUGGGGCUCCUCAUCCUCAUCGCCACCGUGCUCUGCGUGGUGUCCAGACGUCGUGGCGCCGGCGCCCGCGACGGGCCCAAGGCCGCGACAUCCGCGGCGGCCAGGGGGCAGCCCCCGCCGGCGUCCGGCGGCUUGACGUCCUCGUCCAAGGAGGACCUCGGAGGCGGCGCGUCCGGGUCGGCCGCGGCCGUCGCGGCGGCGGCCGCCGCCGCCGCGGGGGAGCAGAGCCGGCUGGUGUUCGUGGGGAAGGGCGCCGGGUACAGCUUCGACCUUGAGGACCUGCUGCGCGCGUCGGCGGAGGUGCUGGGCAAAGGCAGCGUGGGGACGUCGUACAAGGCGGUGCUGGAGGAAGGCACGACGGUGGUGGUGAAGCGGCUCAAGGACGUGGCGGUGCAGCGGCGCGAGUUCGACGCGCACAUGGAGGCGCUCGGCAGGGUGGAGCACCGGAACGUGCUCCCCGUCCGCGCCUACUACUUCUCCAAGGACGAGAAGCUCCUCGUCUACGACUACCUCCCCAACGGCAGCCUCUCUGCCAUGCUCCACGGGAGCCGGGGCUCGGGGCGGACGCCACUGGACUGGGAGACGCGGAUGCGGUUCGCGCUGUCGGCCGCGCGCGGGCUGGCGCACCUGCACACGGCGCACAACCUUGUGCACGGCAACGUGAAGGCCUCGAACGUCCUGCUCCGCGCGGACGCCGACGCCGCGGCGCUCUCCGACUUGAGCCUCCACCGGCUGUUCGCGCCGUCGACGACGCGGGCCGGAGGGUACCGCGCCCCGGAGGUGGUGGACGCGCGCCGGCUGACGUUCAAGUCGGACGUGUACUCGCUGGGCGUGCUCCUGCUGGAGCUCCUGACGGGGAGGUCCCCCUCGCACGCGUCGCUGGAGGGCGACGGCACGCUGGACCUGCCCCGGUGGGUGCAGUCCGUGGUGCGGGAGGAGUGGACCGCCGAGGUGUUCGACGUCGAGCUGGUGCGCCUGGGCGCCAGCGCCGAGGAGGAGAUGGUGGCGCUGCUGCAGGUGGCCAUGGCGUGCGUGGCCACCGUCCCGGACGCGCGGCUGGACGCCCCCGACGUGGUCCGGAUGAUCGAGGAGAUCGGCGGCGGCCGGACGACGACGGCGACCGCGACGGAGGAGGAGAGCGAGGGCGUAAGGGGCACGUCGGAAGAGGAGCCGUCGCGGUCCGGAGGCACGCCGCCAGCCGCCCCGACGCCGUGACGCGGCUAGCAGCAGGGUAAAGUUGUUUGGCCUGAUUAAAUUGCAUAGGUUCGUGAUGAUGCCUGUAUGCCGGCAUUGGACAGCUAGCGUGGUAGUAUGUUUCUUCUUUGUUUUUCUUUUUGCUUUUUCUUUU